AUGGCACCUAUCAAAUCAUACGAGUUUGUCACAACAAACCUCAAACGCACAAAAGCAGAACUCCGAUCAAGCGACGGAACACCAAUCUACGAACUCGACCUCUCCUUCGCAACCACCGACUGCAUCCGCACCAUAAAACCCGGCCGUCAUGCCAUAGUACUUCAAAGUGCUGCAUCAGGCAAUGACAUCCCCUCAACACUCGGCACAUGCGACUUCACCUUCCGUAGCAUGACCACACCAAUCCAUCUCGGAUUCGGAGAUGCAGAAGCCAAACCCGAUGAUGUGAUCUGGGAAGACAUCCACAUGCGCGAGAAAAUGAGACAAUCUGGUUUUGAACUCACUGUUGAUCUUGGUGCUGCUAUUGGACGCAAAACUUUUGAUUGGAAGCGUACGCAUGAUGUUGAGAAUAAGAGCGCCAUUAGCCAGAAACUGGAUACUUUGCAUCUCAAAAUGGUGGAGCGAGAGACUGGUGCUGUGGUUGCGAGGUUUGUACAUAGCUUUGCGUUUGGAAGUAAGAGGGGAGUAUUCGAAUUUGAGGAAUUUGAGGGUGGGGAGGAUUGGGAGAGGGUGGUUGUGUUGAGUGGAGUUGCUGUUUUGGAGUAUUUGAGGAAAAGUCAGGGAUGGUCGUGGUGA